AUGCCUUCCUUCGCCUUCCUCCGCUCCCCAUCCAGGUUGCUCGCGCAGGCGCGGGACGGGGUCAAGAGGGCGCUGGGCGUGGGCGGCGAGGAGCAGAGCGGGGAUGAGGAGUCGCAGGCCGGCGGGAGCGGCGGUACCAACCGCCGCCCAGCCCUCGCAGCGGGGCCUCCAGGCGAGUGCUACGCGUGCACGCAGCCGGGGGUGCCGGCGUUCCACUCCACGACGUGCGACCAGGUGCACUCGCCCGACUGGGACGCGGACGCCGGGUCCUCGCUGGUGCCCGUGCAGCCGCAGCCCCACUCCUCGCACCCCUCCCCAACCACCUCCCCGGCCGCCGCCGCGCGCUGGCUGUUCGGCCCGGUGCUGGACCCGCGGAGCAAGCGCGUGCAGCGCUGGAACCGCUGGAUCCUGCUCGGCCGCGCCGCCGCGCUCGCCGUCGACCCGCUCUUCUUCUACGCGCUCUCCGUCGGCCGCGCGGGGGCGCCCUGCAUGUACAUGGACGCGGGGCUGGCCGCCGCCGUCACCGCGCUCCGCACCGCCGCCGACCUCGCCCACCUCGCGCACGUCCUCGUCCAGUUCCGCCUCGCCUACGUCUCCCGCGACUCCCUCGUCGUCGGAUGCGGCAAGCUCGUCUGGGACCCGCGCGCCAUCGCCGCACACUACGCGCGAUCCGCCAAGGGGCUCUGGUUCGACCUCUUCGUCAUCCUCCCCAUCCCACAGAUCAUCUUCUGGCUGGUCAUACCAAAGCUAAUCAGAGAAGAGGAAGUUAAAGUCAUCAUGACGAUAUUGUUGCUUAUAUUCGUAUUGCAAUUUCUCCCCAAGGUGUAUCAUAGUAUUUAUAUCAUGAGGAAAAUGCAGAAGGUGACAGGCUACAUAUUUGGAACAGUAUGGUGGGGAUUUGGUCUAAAUCUGUUUGCCUAUUUCAUUGCUUCGCAUAUUGCAGGUGGAUGUUGGUAUGUUCUUGCGAUUCAGCGUGUUGCCUCUUGCCUCCGAGCAGAAUGCCAUAAAACCAACAACUGCAAUUUGAUGUCCCUGGCUUGCUCUAAGGAGAUGUGCUUUCAGUUCCCUUGGUCAGAUAUUAGUGAAUUGGCAUGUGAUACGAACUUAACUUCUUUUGGUCAAACAAACCUGCCGGCCUGUCUAAGUGGUAAUGGCGCCUUUGCUUAUGGAAUCUACAAGGGAGCUCUUCCUGUUAUCUCGAGCAAUUCGCUAGCUGUGAAAAUCCUCUAUCCUAUAUUUUGGGGACUCAUGACUCUCAGUACCUUUGCCAAUGAUCUUGAGCCGACGAGCAACUGGCUUGAGGUGAUAUUCAGCAUCAUCAAUGUACUCAGUGGGCUGAUGCUCUUCACGUUACUGAUCGGAAACAUACAGGUAUUCUUGCACGCCGUCCUGGCGAGGAAGCGGAAGAUGCAGCUGCGGUUCCGGGACAUGGAAUGGUGGAUGAGGAGGAGGCAGCUGCCGUCCCGGCUGCGUCAGAGGGUCCGGAAGUAUGAGCGUGAGCGGUGGGCGGCGAUCACCGGCGACGAGGAGAUGGAGAUGAUCAAGGACCUGCCCGAGGGGCUCCGGCGGGACAUCAAGCGCUACCUCUGCCUCGAGCUCGUCAAACAGGUGCCGCUGUUCCACGGCAUGGACGAGCUGAUCCUGGACAACAUCUGCGACCGGCUGCGUCCCCUGGUGUUCUGCGGCGGCGAGAAGGUGAUCCGGGAGGGCGACCCGGUGCAGCGCAUGGUGUUCAUCCUGCAGGGGAAGCUCCGAAGCUCGCAGCCGCUGACCAAGGGCGUGGUGGCGACGUGCGUGCUGGGCGCCGGCAGCUUUCUGGGCGACGAGCUGCUGUCGUGGUGCCUCCGGCGGCCGUUCCUGGACCGGCUACCGGCGUCGUCGGCGACGUUCGAGUGCGUGGAGGCGACGCAGGCUUUCUGCCUGGACGCGCCGGACCUGCGGUACAUCACGGAGCACUUCCGGUACAAGUUCGCCAACGACAAGCUCAAGCGCACCGCGCGGUACUACUCGUCCAACUGGCGGACGUGGGCGGCCGUCAACGUGCAGCUCGCCUGGAGGAGGUACAGGGCCAGGAAAAUGGCGACUGUAGUGGUGAUCCCGCCGGCCGGCACGGAGGGGACCGAGGACGGGGACCGCCGGCUCCGCCAUUACGCGGCCAUGUUCAUGUCGCUCAGACCGCACGACCAUCUCGAGUAGGCCUACUCGGUA